AUGUACAGAUUCCCUUCCUCUUUUCUUUUUGCAUUUUCUUCGGAACUGCGUUCAUUGUUGGACGUUCAGGAAAAUCAUUGCUGUAUUUAUAUCUGUUGAUUUCGAAGUGGACAACUUGCUUUGCGCAAAACGCUUCCCAUCUCACGGAGAAAGAUGUCAGCCUCUGCUCGAAAAGCUGGUGGUCUAUAUGGAGGGAUCAAUUUAUUAUCUACGACUACUCCUGCUGGACUUGCAGCUGAUAUCGUUGCUGUCACUGCACCUGGCGCCGUGAAUGCCACGACCAAGACUGAACCAUCCGUUGCGCCAACAACCAAAACCGAAGCGCCUAAGGAGGAAGAGUUUUCGAAACCCGCUGCAGGGACAAAAGCAUGGUCGGCUUCACUUGCGUUUGCGCCUACAAGGAGGCCUGCUCCGAAAGCUAAGCCAGUAGCGACUCGAUUACCAGCUAGUGCUUUUACUUCAUCAUCAUCAUCUGCCUCAUCUACGAUCUCAGCUACUGCUGUUCUCUACGCUUCUCCUGAUCUCGACGAGGCGGCGGCUGCAUCAUCUUCUCUGAACAAUCUACUUCUUCAAGAAGCUGACAACAACAACAACAACAACAAUAACAACAGCAAACUGCUGCUAGCAUCAGAACCAUCAUCAACUGUUACAGGCGUCGGUUCAAGUAAUGCCGAUUGGAGUGGACGAAAGAUCAAACCACCUUCGAUGGUUCUCGAUGACAACGUGAAUGGAUUUAGAGGGCCAAGUGCUGCUUCGAGAAAGUCCCAUCAUCGGCAGCAGCGUAAUAAAAUAGGGAAAGGAAAGAAGUCCAAGCAAAAUGCACAAGCUGCACCUGUAUGGGAUCCUGACGAGCAAUAUGAUCCUCUCAAACCGAACGAUUUUUCCGAACUCGUGGCUCAGAGGGUUCGAGCGAGGGAGGAAGAGCGACAGGCGAGGGAAGACGAGAGGAGACGACAGCGCGAUAGGAAACGUUCGAGAAGGAGUAGCAGUUACUCUGCGAGCGAUGAUGGUUAUAGUGAUGAUAACAAAGACUGGCGCGAUCGUCCAAGAAAGGAGGGGCGGUAUGAUGACUCGCCGCCUGAAUCGUGGAGGACGAAGGAGCCAGCACCCAUCUUUUCUCCGCCAUCCAGUCACUCGCGACUUCCACCACCUGACGAUGGUGAACCAGCUUAUCUCCGUAGAGCAGCGAUGUCUGCAAACGCUGGAUUCCAGGCGUCAUCUCGACUUUCUCCUCCGCCCACCUCCUUUGAACAAACCGCAUCGAAUUUAGUAGCAACUCCAUCUGCACCGGUUCCACAAACGGGAGAAGAGGCAUAUCUGCGCCGUCUUGCAAUGUCUCAAGGCGCGAUGACAAUGACGCCCCCUCCCCCACCGCCACCGCCACCUGCACCUCUCCCUGUGCAAGAGCUGGAUGAGGAUGAUGAUGUUCCGUACCUAUCACCUCCUCCGAUGCCGCCACCACAACCUGCGCCUCCGCCAUUGGACCCGGAAGUCAUGGAAGCUCAAAUCAAGGAAAAGAGAGAAGCUGCUGCUGCGAUUGCGGCGCGACUUGCUCAAUUUGGUCAGCAAGCGGCGAAUGCGUCGGAUAAACCAGAAGAAGAUUCUCCCUCAGAGCCUAAAACUUCGCAUAAUUUUGCUGCGCGAAUGAUGGCGAAAUGGGGCCAUAAAGAGGGUCAAGGUCUAGGUGUCGACGCUUCGGGGAUCGUCGAGCCACUUUCGGUCCAAGUCGCCAAAGCUGCUGGAGGGAAGAAGUGUAAUCAGAAACCGUCGGCUGGAGGUUUUGGAGCUGAGGGUUCGAGGAUAGCGAAGAUCGUUAAUAAGCUGGAUGAAGAAAAGCAGAGACAAGAGAGGGCUAAGUACGGUGAGCCUAGCACUGUUGUUGUGCUUUCGAAUGUGGUUGGGCUGGAAGAUGCGGAAGAUGAGGAUCUCAGUGAGGAAAUUGGUGGCGAGUGCAGCAAGCACGGAGUUGUCAACAGAAUCCUGGUGCAUGUCGUCAAUCCCGUUCCUUCCAACCACGAUGAGGCUGUCCGGGUUUUUGUACAAUUCACGGGCCCCGUUGGUGCAUGGAAAACGGUCCGGGAUUUUGAUGGUCGGUAUUUUGGUGGGAGGAGUGUUCGGGCGAGAUAUUUCCCUGAGGAGUUGUUUGUUCGGCAUCAGUUGGAUGGUCCACUUGUGUGAUUUGGUUCGAGGCUGUGUGUCGUGUUUUGGGGUCAAAAAUACUUUUUCUCUCUUGAAGGUGUUUGUUCCCCCUUUUCCUCUUCGCUGGUGCAUUUACAGCUCAUGAUUC